ACUGCGAAGAACGAGAAGCAGCACUACCAGCUGUCGCCGUCACCAACGAAGCGCCUUCCCCCCUCGAAUCCUUAGUCCCUGCCGGUCCCUGUUUCUUUUUGUCAAUAUUAUAAAACAAACAAAAGUAACAAAUUGCAAUCAUGGCUGCCGUCCAAGGAGCGAUCUCGAAGCGCCGCAAGUUCGUGGCUGACGGUGUUUUCUACGCUGAGUUGAACGAGUUCUUCCAGCGCGAAUUGGCUGAGGAGGGAUACUCUGGUGUUGAGGUCCGGGUUACUCCCACGGUUACUGAUAUCAUCAUCCGUGCCACCCACACCCAAGAAGUUCUGGGCGAACAAGGCCGCCGCAUCCGCGAACUCACGUCCCUCAUCCAGAAGCGCUUUAAGUUCCCCGAAAACUCCGUCUCUCUCUACGCCGCCAAAGUCCAGAACCGAGGUCUCUCUGCUGUUGCUCAGUGCGAGAGCUUACGAUACAAGCUUCUUAACGGCCUUGCUGUUCGAAGAGCAUGCUAUGGUGUUCUUAGAUUUAUCAUGGAGAGCGGUGCGAAGGGUUGCGAGGUUGUUGUGUCCGGAAAGCUCAGAGCUGCCCGUGCCAAGAGCAUGAAGUUCACUGACGGCUUCAUGAUUCACUCCGGCCAACCCGUUCGCGACUUCAUCGACAGUGCCACCCGCCACGUCCUCCUCCGCCAAGGUGUGCUCGGCAUAAAAGUCAAAAUCAUGCGCGGCAGCGAUCCCGAAGGGAAGUCGGGUCCCCAGAAAUCCCUUCCAGAUUCCGUCACCAUCAUCGAGCCCAAGGAGGAACAGCCUGUCUUACAACCGCUCAGCCAGGACUAUGGUGCCAAGGCUCUUGCAGCUCAACAAUUGGCCGAGCAGCAGCGAUUGGCCGAACAACAAGAGGCGGAGGCUGCGGGCCAGGCUGCUGGUGGUACGGAAGGUGCAGUGGAGGGGGCUCAGGAGUGAUUUUUUGCUAGUUAAUGAUGAAUGGAGCUCGUUUUUUUUAAUGUUUUAAUUUUUUUUUUCCCCUCAAAAGGUCAUGUGUUGAUCUUGUUUGGCGUAAAAUAAAGACAAUGUUAUUUUCCUUCCUCCCUUUUGUUCAAUUAAGUUUCCCAUUUCUUUCUUUUCUAUCUGAUGAUUCUGUUGAGGUACAUGGAGAACUCCUUUUUUCCUUCUAAGCAUCUAAGCAUGUAUGUGGUGGAUGUGCGGCCUCCCUACGACAACUUGAUUGCAAAUAAGAUGAGAGAGAAUCGGAAAAAAAAAGUAGGUGGGUCAAAAAGUACACGCGAAAUCUUUUGCGAUAGAUGUAUUUUUCCUACCUUGGUGUGUAGAGGAGCAUGAAUGCUUGGCAUAUUACGCCUACAGUUAAAUCAACGCCCAUAUUUGUGACACCAAGGAAACCAAUCUAAAGAAAUGGUUUAACAAGCCUAAUAAUGCAUUCAUCUCC